CUCUCCUUCUGUCAUUUGCCUCUCUCUCUCUCUCUCUCUCCCUCUCUCCUCUCUGCUGUCUCUCCCCUCUCUCUCUCUUGCUCCUUCUCUCCAUUCUCUCCUCUCUGCUGCCUCUCCCUUCUCUCCUCUUUCUGCCCCUCUAUUUCCCCCGUUUCCUCUCUUUCUGCCCCCCGGUUUCCAGCUCUGCUCAUCCUGUUAUGUGUUCAGGACACGCGUGUGCCGAGCGCUCACAUAUAACCCUGUAUCCUGUGAACACUUUGUGGUCCAGCGGCCCCCCUCCCCAUCCCAGGCGCCCCCCCAUCACUAACAGAGCGGGGGGGGGGCAUGUUGGGCCCGAGAGAGAGAAAGUAUAAAUACCGGACCUCACAGAACCCGCCUCACUGUACCGGCUGCAGACAUGACGGCUCCCGCGUGGCUCCGCCGUUUGGCUCUCCUGCUCAUCGUCUGCGGCUCCGCGUGGAGUGAGGUUUCCAGGGGAGACGCGGAAGACGAUAAGGAGGGCGAGGCGUACCCCGCAGACUGCGACGACUGGUACUCCAUGGGAUCGGACGCCAGCGGGGUUUACGUCAUCUACCCAGCCGGACCACAAAGCGCCGUGCCGGUGUACUGCGACAUGACUACUGACGACGGCAAGUGGACCGUGAUCCAGAAGAGGUUCAACGGCUCCCUGACGUUUUUCCGCGGCUGGGCGGAUUACAAGCUGGGCUUCGGCCGCGCCGACGGGGAGUACUGGUUCGGGCUGCAAAACAUUUACCUCCUGACCCUGAGGAGGAAAUACGAGCUGCGGGUCGACCUCGGGGACUUCGAGAAUAACACGGCCUCUGCCAAAUACAGCGACUUCGCCCUCUCCCCGAACGCCAUCAACCCCGAGGAGGACGGAUACACCUUCUUCGUAGAGGGAUUCGUCGAUGGCGGAGCAGGCGAUGCUCUUUCCUAUCACAACGGGAUGAAGUUUUCCACCCUGGACAGAGACCAAGACACGUACCCCCAGAACUGCGCAGCCCUGUCGUCUGGCGGCUUCUGGUUUAAAUCCUGCCAUCAGGCCAACCUGAACGGGCCGUACCUGGGUGGUGUCCACCUGUCAUACGCCAGCGGCGUCAUCUGGUCGCCCUGGAAGGGUUUCUACUACUCUCUGAAGUCAACGGAAAUGAAGAUUCGCCGAGUGUGACCCGUCCGCGCGAUCUGGCCGAGCCGCUAGAAUGACGACCUUCCUCACUAUACCUGUCCUGUCCUGUUACUCAGCAUCGUGUAGCCUCUGAUCUGUGGUGUCCUCCACAAGAACCUUCUAGAACCUCACUUCCCGAUCGGCCGGCGGCUUAUAUCCCGACGUCUCUGGCCAAACGUCCUUUUUUAAAUAUAAUGUUUGUCUUCACCAUGA